AUGAAUGAGACAGAGAACUCCUCAGAAUUUUAUGGGGACUAUGUCUAUGACGUGUGCGACAACGAAAUCAGUGCGGUUUUCUCCAAUCAAUCAGUAUUCCGCCUGGUUUUUUACUACACCCUUUUUGGCCUGGGUCUGCUGGGCAACUGGACGGUUCUCUGGGUUCUCCUGCGGUACACGAAGCUGAGAACGAUGACAGAUGUAUUCCUCCUCAACUUGGUCAUAUCUGACCUUUUACUGGCAGUGUCCCUGCCCAUCUGGGCCUACAGUUCUGAGAACAUUGCAUCAUGCAAACUCAUAACUGCACUCUAUCAGUUAGGUUUCUACAGCGGCACCUUGUUUGUGACUCUGAUGAGCAUGGACCGCUACCUCGCUAUUGUCCACGCUGUGGCGGCCAUACGAACGCGAACCCUUCGCUACGGGAUUAUCGCCAGCAUUGCAGUCUGGUUCAUAUCCGUGAUCAUGGCCGCACCCCAGGUGGCGUUUGCCUCCCUAGAGGCGGAGGAUGAUGACAACCUCAGCAUGCAUUGCCAUCCCAUCUAUCCAGAACAAACACAACAGUUUUGGAAAAAGCGGCGAAACUUCAGCGAGAACACACUAGGCCUUUUUGUCUGCCUCCCAGUCAUGGUUUUUUGCUACGUGAAGAUCCUCUUAGUGCUUUCCCGGUCCCGGAACUCCAAAAGGGGCAAAGCCAUCAAGUUGAUUUUUACUGUGGUGUGUGUGUUUGUGGUGUGCUGGGUCCCCUACAACAUUGUGGUAUUCCUUCAGACCCUGGAGCUGCUUCAAAUCUUUAACAGCUGCAACACGUCCAACGCCAUCAACACAGCCAUGGGCUUUGCUGAGAUCAUCGCUCUGUCUCACUGUUGCAUAAAUCCCGUCAUCUACGCUUUCAUAGGGGAGAAGUUUAGAAAGACUGUGGGCAAUGUGCUGAUAAAGAUGUCACCCUGGAAGCUUCAAAGCAGCGGGCCUCUCACCAGCCACACAGAAGAGACUUCUAACACACCUGUGAGAUCUGAUUUCUAAAAAUUAGGUCAUCUCUGUGGUGGAAGGUGCACAUGCUGAGUUUUAUUUUGCUCUCAUUCAA